AUGGGGGAACACGAACACGAACCAUCCCCUUCUCGGCGCAGAGCGUCAGAAGACGACGAAACACCGCCUAACCCCUCGGUACAAGCAAUGUCGAAACCAGUCCACGAGGAUUCACCACUGCUCUCUCCAGCCGGCACGGCGCCAGAGGAAGAGGAGGGGCUUAUUGGAGAUAGUGCCGUUCUGGAUGAUGACCCCCACGAUGACUACCAUGAGACCAAGAGUGUGUGGUACAUGAUCCUUUUGACCAUCAGCAUUGGAGGUCUGCAAUUGGCAUGGGCGGUGGAAUUGUCAAAUGGAACACCAUAUCUACUUGCUUUGGGACUGAGCAAGUCUCUAAUGGCAUUAGUUUGGAUAGCGGGGCCCCUGUCUGGAACACUUGUUCAACCCUACGUUGGAAUGUUGAGCGACAACUGCAGAUCACCAUGGGGAAAGCGGGUUCCGUUCAUGGCUGCAGGCGCGGCUGCAACUAUAGUGUCAUUGCUGGCUCUUGCGUGGGUAAGGGAGAUUGUGGGCGGAUUCCUGAGUAUUUUUGGUGCCGACCGAGAGUCAGAGGGGGUUAAGGUCACAAUAAUUGUGGUUGCUGUAUUAUUUGUAUACAUACUAGAUUUUGCUAUCAAUACAGUACAAGCUGGGAUUAGAGCUUUCAUUCUAGACUGUGCUCCAAGUCAUCAACAAGAAGCAGCAAAUUCAAUGGCAAGUCGAGUGGUCGGCGUUGGCAAUAUCAUUGGUUAUGUUGCUGGAUAUAUUAACCUUCCCAAAUAUCUCUGGAUUUUUGGCAAUACGCAAUUCAAAAUUCUCUGCGUUAUUGCCUGUAUUGCUUUGGGCAGCACUGUGGCCCUCAGCAUAGGCACUAUCAAAGAACGAGACCCAAGACUUGGGCCACCAGCCACCAAAGGACAAAGUGGUUUGUUGACGUUCUUCAAACAGGUCUUCACCUCCAUUCGUCGAUUACCACCACAGACCCGCAAAGUAUGUGAGGUGCAAUUCUUCGCUUGGAUUGGCUUCUUCCCACAACUCUUCUACUCUAGCUCCUAUAUCGGCGAUAUAUAUGUACAGCCAUUCCUCGAAGAAAACCCCAACAUGACUCCUGUCGAAAUUGACCAGCUCUACGAAAAGGCAACCCGGGUAGGGACUUUUGCGCUCCUCAUCUACGCCAUCACCUCACUCGCCACCAACGUCUUCCUUCCCUUCUUCAUCGCCCCGUCCUAUGAUAACCCUUCCGCCAACUCAUCGAACCCCUCAAGCUCGCUACACCCCCCCAAAAUAUACACCACGCGCUUCACCCGUUUCCUAGACCGACUCGUCAUCCCAUGGUUAACCCUCCGCCGCGCCUGGCUACUUAGUCACUGCAUCUUCGCGCUCUGCAUGUUCUCCACCCUCAUCGUUCGCAGCAUUGAGGCCGCAACCACAUUGAUAGGCAUAGUUGGCAUAUCAUGGGCCUUAACCCUCUGGGCUCCCUUCGCCAUCAUCAGCGCCGAAGUCAGCAAACGCGAUGCUCUCCGCCGCUCCCGGAAGACCCUUCACACUGAUGAAAGUCCAGAAGACCAAGCAGGCGUCAUCUUAGGCAUCCACAAUAUGGCCAUUGCUGCACCGCAGAUCUUGGCUACGAUUGGGAGUAGCAUUAUUUUUAAAUUCUUGCAGAAACCGAGGGGGACACCCGGGGAUCGGUCGAUUGCGGUUGUUCUUGCUGCGGGUGGUUUGAGUACGCUUGUUGCAGCGUUUUUGACGAGUCGAAUUAAGGAUGAAGUAGAGAUCCCUGAAGAAGGGGUCGUGGAGGAAGCGAGAAGUGGGAAUAGGAGAGAGGAGAGACGCUUACUUGCUAGGAGUGGUAGCUUUGGAGGAUUAGAGUACUGA